AUGACUAUCACUAUCACCGUUGAGAAGGAUGGAUAUUACGAGGUCAAUGGGGCCAGACAGGAGCCCACCGUAUCUCUCUACGUGAUCCCUGCGGCCUCCAAGCUGCGCCGAAUGCUCAAGGACACCAAAGACCUUAUUGUGUGUCCUGGUGUGUAUGAUGGGCUUUCAGCUCGUAUUGCCAUGGAGGUUGGCUUCAAGGGACUGUACAUGACUGGAGCUGGAACCACUGCAUCCCGCCUUGGAAUGGCAGACCUUGCUCUUGCGCAGCUUCAUGACAUGAAGACCAAUGCUGAAAUGAUCGCAAACCUGGAUCCCUUCGGGCCACCCUUGAUUGCAGACAUGGACACCGGUUACGGAGGCCCAUUGAUGGUUUCCAAAGCCGUCCAGCAGUACAUCCAGGCUGGUGUUGCUGGCUUCCACAUCGAGGACCAGAUCCAGAACAAGCGCUGUGGCCAUCUUGCAGGCAAGAAGGUCGUUGGUCUGGAGGAGUACCUGACACGUAUCCGUGCAGCCAAGUUGACCAAAGACCGGUUGCACUCCGAUAUCGUUUUGAUUGCUCGCACCGAUGCACUUCAACAGCACGGCUACGAUGAAUGCAUUCGCCGGCUGAAGGCCGCAAGAGAGAUUGGCGCUGAUGUCGGGCUACUUGAGGGAUUUACCUCCAAAGAGCAAGCCCGACAGGCAGUCCAGGAUCUGGCUCCUUGGCCUCUCCUCCUCAACAUGGUUGAGAACGGAGCUAGUCCUCUGAUCACCACCCAGGAGGCUGAAGAGAUGGGCUUCCGAAUCAUGAUCUUCUCGUUCGCCACAAUCACACCGGCGUAUCAGGGUAUCAAGACAACCCUUCAGCGGCUUAAGAAGGACGGUGUUGUUGGGACACCUGAAGGGCUGGGACCUAAGACAAUCUUCGAUGUCUGCGGGUUGAUGGAUGCCAUGAAGGUAGACACAGAAUCUGGGGGUGAUGGUUUUGUUGAUGGUGUCUAG